AGAUGUGUGUGGAAUGUGGAUUGUGCUUAUCUCUAACGUUACUAGUUAGCAGUUAGUUAAAUUUUUUACCAAAAAAAAAUUAUAAAAAUGCCUUCAUUGACCUUGGUAUCAAGCAAUAAAUGUUUCGCGGGUGAUCAAAAUGUCUAUUCUCAUCAAUCCAGUACAUUAAAUUGUUCUAUGAAAUUUUCUAUAUAUAUACCGCCAAAUGCUGAUAUUGAAAAUAAGGUUCCAGUGUUAUAUUGGUUAAGCGGUUUAACAUGUACGGAAGAAAAUUUUGUUAUCAAAGCAGGCGCUCAACGAUAUGCUGCUGAGAAUGGGAUCGCUAUAGUAUGUCCAGAUACGUCACCACGCAACGUGAAUAUUCCCGGUGAAGAUGACAGUUAUGAUUUUGGUUCUGGGGCUGGAUUUUAUGUAGAUGCAACUCAAGAGCCUUGGUCUAAACAUUAUAAAAUGAAUAGUUAUGUUACCUCUGAACUGAUAAAUUUGAUAUCAGACAAUUUUCCAAUGCUGUCUAAUAAGAAAAGUAUUUGUGGUCAUAGUAUGGGGGGCCAUGGUGCCCUUAUAUGUGCUCUUAAAAAUCCUGGAUUAUAUUGUUCAGUUUCCGCAUUUGCUCCAAUAUCAAAUCCAAUAAAUUGUCCUUGGGGUCAGAAGGCAUUUAAAGGUUAUUUAGGAGAAAAUCAGAAUGAUUGGAAAGAGUUUGAUGCAACAUCAUUAGUUGCAAAUUAUAGUGGAGUUCCAAUUGAAAUUUUUAUUGAUCAAGGAAUUGAUGAUAAGUUUUAUAAAGAAAAGCAACUUCUACCAGAAAAUUUGGUUGAAAGCUCAGCAAAAAAUAAUAAUGUCCAAGUAGUUUUGAAAAUGCGUGAUGGAUAUGAUCAUAGUUAUUUUUAUAUUGCAUCUUUUAUUGGUGAACAUAUUGAAUAUCAUGUUAAGCAUUUAAAAUAACGCAUGUAUUAAUAAACAUAUUAAUUUUUUAUUUUGAAUAAAUAUUUUAAAUUUGUAAACGUUAA